CCAUUCAGCUCUCCGGACCAUCAGCAGCGUGAGAUCCAGGCUGCCAACCGGUGUCUGAGGAUUCAGCAGCCCCUCCGCCUGCCUGUCGCAAUGCAAAACCUGGACUUCCACAGGAGGCAGGAAGAAAACACACCUGAGCUGCGUGCUCUUCGGAAAGUCACAUCUCCAGGCUGGAGCAGCAAAAGGGCAGCUCCCCCUUCUCAAGUCCUGGCCAGGUGGCACGGAUGCUUCUGAGACUCUGGGCUGCAAGCAGGUGUCCGGAGGAUUCCCUUCACUGAUCCUGCAGACGAUGACAGGAAGACAACAUUAUCUACUGAUCCUGCUUCUUGUGGGGGCCUUUAAAGGUAGGAAGUGGAAAUGGCCAAACUCUGGUGGCUCGUUGGGUGAUCUAACCCUGUGACUGCAGUCAUUCUGGGACAAACAGGUGACCAUUACAGGAAAUACCCAAAACUGAAAACGGGUCCUGGAUUCCUGAUCCUGUCGGCAGAACAUUCAUCCCGGAAACGAAAGCCCUGUAGAAUCACUGGAUUUUUAUGCCAAAUAAAGGCUAAAUGAAUCAAAUAAUCACUGGAUCUUCAUGAAAAUACUGAAAUAUUUUCUACUGGCAACCUGUGUGAGAGAAAAUCUGUCCAUCUUUGACACACGAACUGAUACCUGGGGAUCCUCAGUCAAAGAGCGCUCAGCGCAUUGAGAAACGUCUAGAGAAAAUGUAUUACAGUUAACCUGUGUAAGAAAUGACUGAGGCCUAUUUCAAAUACCGUGGAAAUCUUACUGGUCGUGCUCAUCCCCCCACCCUGGCUACAGCGGCUGAUACGACGGUAGAUAAGUACGCCAACUUGUACAUGUACGUGGGGCUCUUUUUGACUCUCCUGGCGGUCCUCCUCAUAUUGCUCUUCACCAUGCUCCUGCGCCUGAAGCACGUCAUCUCCCCCAUCACGACGUCUCCGGAGAGCACGGAGAACGUCCAGCAGUUCACAGACGUGGAAAUGCACAGCCGGAUCCCCAGCGCUUGACGGGUUUGAAUCAAAUGGCUGGAACAAAGAUGCCUGCAGGGGGAGGACGCUUAAUUUUUGCGGCAUGUGGGCAUGGAAGGUAUCAUUGGUGAUGUUUGGAUUUCCGGACCGAAACUUGGAUGGAUUUGGAUUUCUGGUCCAAAAUGUGGGUGAAUUCUUUGAAAGGCCUUGGAAACGACAAUCUAGUACCCAACGCGGUUCGGCUAGCUACUAGGAACGUGUUGCAGCAUAUGAACACACAUGAACCCAGGUGGCUGCUUCAGUGGCCCGUGUGGUCCCAUGCUAUCUGCUCGGAGUGGCAGCAGGUUGCCAGAGUCACAUAAACUAUGCAAGGCCUACAUCAAACCAGUUUCCUUCCAAGAGAAAACGGCAGAUAAAAGCAGUUAAUAAAUACAAAUGGGACAUCCUUCCAAGGAUUAAAAAAAAUAUCCUAAUGACAACAUUAACUACAAAGAUAUAUUUUCAGAAGGUAUAACUGGUUACGAAGUUUCGCCCAGUGCAAAUGCUAAAUAGAAGAUUAUUUUUUUUUAAGUCAUUUAUGGGUUUGAGGAAAAUAUGUACCUAUGCACAAACACCCACAGGUGGAGAAAUCAUGUGUGGCUCGUUCCAUGGAAGUAAGUUUUAAAGGCUUGUUUCCCUACAGAUAUGCAAUUCCCGGUUUUCCUAAGAAAAAGUGAACACAGCUUCCCUAGUAGGGUUUGGGACCUCAUAGUGCGUCUGAUGAGCUUCCGUAUCUAGAAUGGUGUCCUUUUCACAAAGAGUCGAUCUUUGUAUGCAUGGAACGGCUUCCUCAUUUUUCUCGAAUGAGGCCAGCUGGAUGCAAACCCUAGAGAUUGACGUGUGCAUCUGACAGCACACUUAUCUCUGGGCAGGGAUGAAUGUGUGUAGUUGAAGCUACAAUUAGGUCUUUCGGACACAGAUCAAUCAAAUUAACAAAGUAUGGGCAACCUCCAGGCAAAGUAUCGUCAAACUGGAACAUGAUUUCCUAGAUACUCAAUAAAGCAGAGAGGGCUAAAACAGCAUUUCAGGUUUGUUCCAAAAUCUAAGCCUGAGCCACUGAAGGUCAUGGUGUUAAACGAGGAAAUCGUCAGCAUACGUCCGUACCUGGAGGUUUUUAAUGCCAGUUUCUGUUUCUACAAAGUAUGUAUCUGGCCCAUCUUGUUCUGUUAUACCCCAUUGAGAAGGAAAGCUAUUACUGGCCCGGCUUCAGGGUCACUCAUAGCGGGGGCAAUUUAACAAGUGAAGCUUUUCAUGCGAUUGAGUGAAUCAAGAUUAAAUGGAUCGGGCGUCAACUGCUAAAUUCUGGACGCCGUUGAAAGCAUUAGGGCGGAAGCAGGGAAUAAAAGCAUCAGCCUUUCCUAGAGAUGGCAGUCUCCAGAUGUGAGCUGGAGAGCCCCUGGAAUCACAGCUGGAAUCCAGUCUGCAGAGACCACUUUCCUUGAAGAAAAUAGGCGCUUCAGAGGGUGGACUCCGUAGCAGUGGGGGGACCCCACUGAGGUCCCCCCAUCCUCCCCAGGCUCCAACCCCAAAUCUCCAGGAGUUUGCCAACCUAGAACUGGCAAACCUGUCCCCCCCCCCAACCCCCACAGGUGGCCAGGGAGGCCCUGGGACGUCUACCCCUAACUUGGAGUCAUAGGUUGGUCCCAUCUGAAGCAGUAACUGCACUAUAAAUGCAAGGGAUGGUCAAGACUUCUGGGCCGGCUACAGCUUUUGUGGGAGGCACGAGGAGCCCCCAGUGCCACCCCAUCCCCCCACAAUACUCCCUGUGUGCAUGACUGCAAAGAUAGAUGUGCAGGACAUGUCAUUGAAGUCACCAAAGUGGAUACUACCAGCCAGUUCAGUGUGUAGGGGGAAUGGUUGUUGUGGGUUUUCUGGGCUGUGUGCAGUGGUGGGAUCCAAA